AUGGAAUAUCUACACCAGCUUCGCGAGUUCCAGAAGAGCGAACAAAAAUUUGUUGCCAUUCUAGAAGCCUCAGCACAUAGUGCAGUUACUACCGGUUCUGUAUUACUGGGCAUAACAAGGAAAUUGGAGACAGCUCGCCGGCAUGCCAUGGAAAAUCACGACAAAGAGCUACAAAAGGUCCAGAGGCUCGAAGUGAGACUAGAAAUUAAUCGGGCAUUAGAUCAGCUAGAAGGCUUAGUGGUAGCUUGUAUGUUCGAGCUCACCAAAAUGAAUAGAUCGCAAAUAGGGUAUUCACUAUGGAAACCCCUAUGUCCCCCUCGGCGUACUCUGGAAUGGAAAAAAGUUGUUGAGUACGCCUUUCUCGCAGACUUUGACCUCCUGUGUGAUGCCCACCAGGAUAUAUCUACUCGACCAUGGGCCACACCUGCUGGUCGUUUGGCCAUGGAUCAACAUUUCAAGAUUUGUCGGGCUAGAGAGGAAAUUGAGAGACUGGAUGUUGAAAUUAGGCGUGUAGCCACGUACCUGCAGGAUGAGAAUCAGUACUUGCGUGAUUGCGAAGACCAGGUGAGUGUCCAUGAUCCUAAACUUGCUCAUCAGAUUGCUUUGCAUAGGUGUGAGUGUGGCCGCUUCAAUAAAAUUCACAUUUCCCGCCUCCUUGACAUCUCUCGCCUACAUGGGUUUACAGGGACCAUCUUGCGUGGUCAAAGCACUCAGACCUGGUUAGGGGAGAGCGGUAGCAAGGCCAAGGCCUGUAUUGACAACGUUGGAGUGGGUGCAGGACCUAAUCCUAGCAAAAAUGGCCAAUAUGAUGUGUGUGAGAGUGAGGGAGCGGAGGAACAGGAUCUUGAAGAGCAAAGAGAGCUCAAGGUCAAGGAGGAAGAUAAGGAGGACAAGGAGGAGGCAUUGCAGGCCCUAGAAAACAUUGUUAACAUGUCAGAUGAUGUUUAA